UUUAAAACGAAUACGGGUCUCCAAAAACCAGCCAAAAACCAUUUUUUGAUAAAUUAAUAUUUUAGGAGCAAUCGCUCCAAAAGAAAAAAAAAUGUGUCCCUCUCUAACUUUAAACCAUGGGUCCAAAACAUAUGAAAAAAAUCGUGAAACAAAAACUUAGUAAAUACUUUCAAUGAAAACUAUAGCGAACAUGACCGGUCUAACCUUUUUUGAGUAAUUGCAAAAAUCUUGUCUUCUUCGUAAAAAGACGUACAAAGCGCUACAAAGGUACUCCCGUAUGCUUGUCAUUUACUUGAUACUUAUUAAUUAAUAUCCCUCGUUUGGCCUGUUCAGACAAUGGUAACUACGAAAUCCUACACUGAGCAUCAUGUCCAUCAUGCUCCUGCAGUGGCAGCAUGGUUACAUUUUUAUCAGUUGUCACAAUGCCUGUCACUUUCGCACAUAGAUACUUGUUAGAACGUGACAGGCAUGGUGACAAAUGAUAAAGAGCCGACCAUCUUAGCCCACAACCUUAGCAUGACAAGUUAUUAUUAUCGUACCUACACUAGUAUAAUAGGUACCUCUAGGUGUAUAGGUACCUUAGUAAACCAUAGAUUACUUUAUGGUUUAUGUCAUUCCGACACUUAAUAAAAAUAAUUCAAUGUCAAAAGUGCAAAAUCAUUACAAAACAAUGACUGUAAAUAAGUAAUAUAAUGUAAUGUGAGAAUACGCUAAAUAAAAUGAUUACGUUGCCAAAAACCAAGAGAGAUCCGAAAAAGGUCGAGGGUCUUUGCAAGUGCCACCCUAUAUGCAAGAAUAGAAGACGAGAAUGGAAGGGUCAAGUCCAAUUGACUUCAGAAGAACUUCUGCUGGAGAGGAAGCCGAUUCCUGAAUGCAUCCGACGACGUCCUAGAGAAGUUUUCCCCAACGGCCCGUGCCCCCUCCACGGUCGAAGCAAACACCUCAAUAUUAAGGAGCGCUAUGCAGAACGCAAACCCAAUGUCGUGCGCAUCUGCCAGGCCCCGUUGGACGUUGUUGUGGAGACGCCUUAUCUGGACUUUGUCGCUCAAGCUAUUGAACUUGGCGCCCUACCAUUAAUCGGUAAAACUUGUUGCGCGUUCUGUAGCUGUGGAGCCUGUUGCGACUGCAGCGGCUCAAACUACGAGCCGAAAGACGCGGAACGCGCUGCUCGUCGCCGCGUGCACAUGCGCGAAUUCGAUCGGCGCGUACGUGGUCUUCAGGAGUCGCGCAUCAUGUAUGACUGAUGAACGUACAGAGUGGACCUUUUCUUACGCAUCUCGCUAUGAUAACCAAUAAGGCUGUCACCAUAACUACCGAAUUUACUGCCGAAUUAUAACAUUUAAAUUACAACUAAAUUGACAAGUGCUAAGUCAAUAAGCAAUCGAAAACUUCAAUAGAAAGUCACCCGUAUGUAUUAUACAUCUAUGGAAAUGAUCAUGUACUUUUUCUUCGCGUCCGUAACAUUUAUUUAAACUAUUGCGAUCUAGUUCCUACUAUGGUAGUUAUAUUAUAACAUUUAUAACUAUUAUAAGCCUAUUUAAGAACUUGGAAAUAAAUUGCUACUUUAUCGCUCUAACCAUGGCAUAGACACUGACAUACCCACACAUUUUUUUUCUUUCGUUCACUUUAAGUAAUUGUAGCAUGCGGUGACACUAAAUAAAGUACUUGUGUAAAUAAACUAAAAACUACUGAGAUAAUAAAAACUGAACUCUCACUUAGUCAUAUCCUCUCUUCUUUGAUUUUGACUGAGAUGUGAGUUUUUUUACUUUUCGUUCCUUAAUUCAAGUUCAAAUAAAGAAUAAACACCUUAUCUUAUCGUUAUAAUCCAUAAACACGGGUAAUUGACAGUUAUCCAUCUGUUAUUUAACUACGGUUUACUUAAGAUUGUUACAUUUAUGCAAGAAUAAAAAGACUACAAAAUUAUAACUUUUAAAUUGCUUACUUCAAGAAGUAAUAAUAGAAAUAAGUUUUUCAAGAAAUGUUAAACUAUUGCAGUUAUAGGCCGCAUGCAAAACAGUGGCAUUCGUUUAAUGAAAUCUCACUUCUAGCUUUCACUCAGUUAAGUGAAAAAGAUAAAACAUUAUAUUUUACAAAGACUACAGAUACUUUGAAAGGAUUUAUAACCAUCAUUUUAGGUUCUGUACUAUAAAACUGUAAGUAGGAAUCAUAUAACUAGUGUAAAUUUGUAUAAGAUUUUUUUUAAACGUAAUGAAUGGUCUUCAUACACGUAUUUUUAGUGGCUUACUACUUUAUGCUGAAAGCUUUGAAAUACUAUUAAAUUUAGCCAAAUGUAGCCAUUUACAAAAUUAUGCGGCUAAUUACUAUUGAAAGAGCAUACUUACUUUUAAUUUUCACAAAAAAAUAUUUUAUUUUGUAAAUAAAAUUGCUCUAGAGGAAUGAACAGCAAAAUAUACCUUUAACAUAACCGA